GUCCGCUCGACGCCCGGUGCGGCGACCUCUCCUAGGGACGACGAGUUCGGAGCGGACGGAAGCCGGCUGCCACCGGGGCAGGCGCUGCGUGCGGGAAGCACCCCCGGCUCGGGGAAGCCCCGGGAGCCGCGCGGCGCAGCUUCCCCCUCACCUCAGGGGCCGCGGCGACGGUCACCGGGGCGACCCGGGCCCGGCUUCCGAAGCGACAGACGGCUCCGGCCCCUCCCGCGCCGGGCCGCCUCACCUUCUGGCCGCCGCCCCGGGGGCAGGCACCUGUGCCUCCUCGCGCGCGGGGGUCGGCCGGGGCAGCGCCCCUGGACGGGCGCGCGCUGCUGUCGCCGCCGUCCCGGCCGCCACCGGGUCCCGAGGACCGUGCAGCCCGCCCGGGGCUGGGGAGGGGGUGGUUUGGGGAGAAGGAGUGGCCGCGGGCCGUGCACCAUGAACGGCGGCGGCGCCAACAUCACCUACGCCAGCCGCAAGCGGCGGAAGCCGGUGCAGAAAACAGUAAAGCCAAUCCCAGCUGAAGGAAUCAAGUCAAAUCCUUCCAAGCGACAUAGAGACCGGCUUAACACAGAAUUGGACCGUUUGGCCAGCCUGCUGCCUUUCCCACAAGAUGUUAUUAAUAAGCUGGACAAACUUUCUGUUCUUCGGCUCAGUGUCAGCUACCUGAGAGCCAAGAGCUUCUUUGAUGUUGCAUUAAAGUCCUCCUCUGCGGACAGAAAUGGAGGCCAGGAUUCCUGCAGGGCAAACUUUGGAGAAGGCCUGAACUUGCAAGAAGGAGAAUUCUUACUGCAGGCUCUGAAUGGCUUUGUACUGGUUGUCACUGUAGAUGCUUUGGUCUUUUAUGCUUCUUCUACUAUACAGGAUUACCUGGGGUUUCAGCAGUCUGAUGUUAUACAUCAGAGUGUGUAUGAACUUAUCCAUACCGAGGACCGAGCUGAAUUCCAGCGUCAGCUACACUGGGCAUUAAACCCUUCACAGUGCACAGAGCCUGGACAAGGAGCUGAUGAAACUCAUGGUCUUCCACAGCCAGUAUAUUAUAACCCAGACCAGCUUCCUCCAGAAAACUCUUCCUUCAUGGAAAGGUGCUUCAUAUGCCGAUUGAGGUGCCUACUGGACAACUCAUCAGGCUUCCUGGCAAUGAAUUUCCAGGGGAGGCUGAAGUUUCUUCAUGGACAGAACAAAAAAGGGAAGGAUGGAUCACUACUUCCACCCCAGCUGGCUUUGUUUGCAAUAGCUACUCCCCUUCAACCACCAUCCAUCCUUGAAAUCAGAACCAAAAAUUUCAUCUUUAGAACCAAACACAAACUAGACUUCACACCUACUGGCUGUGAUGCUAAAGGACAGAUCAUCUUGGGCUACACAGAGGCAGAGCUGUGCAUGAGAGGGUCGGGGUAUCAGUUCAUCCAUGCUGCUGAUAUGCUGUACUGUGCCGAGUCCCACAUACGGAUGAUUAAGACUGGAGAAAGUGGCCUAGCAGUUUUCAGGCUUCUUACAAAAGAUAAUCGAUGGGCUUGGGUCCAGUCUAAUGCACGCUUUAUUUAUAAGAAUGGAAGACCAGAUUUUAUCAUUGCAACUCAAAGACCUCUAACAGAUGAAGAAGGAAGAGAGCAUUUACUAAAACGGAACACGAAGUUGCCUUUUAUGUUCACCACUGGAGAAGCUGUGUUGUACGAGGUGACCAGCCCCUUCCCGCCCAUCAUGGACCCCCUGCCAAUAAGGACUAAAAGUGGCACUUGUGGGAAGGACUGUGCCACCAAACCAACUCCAAGUAAGGAAUCUGUCCAUCCCAGUUCCCUCCUGUGUGCCCUGAUGCAGCAGGACGAGUCUAUUUACCUCUAUCCUCCUUCGAGUAACGCACCUUUUGAAAGAAACUUUUUUACUGAGUCUCUGAACGAGGGUAGUAACUGCCCAGGGAGCGUUGCGUCGCUGGCCGGUGGCAGUGUCCUCAAACACGAGCAGAUCGGUCAGUCUCAGGAAGUGAGCCCAGCAUUCUCCGGAGAUCAGACGGUGCUCUUUCCAGAUAGUAAAAACUGUGACUUGUACAACAUUAUGAAAAACCUCGGUGUAGAUUUUGAAGAUAUCAAAAACAUGCAGAAUGAGGAGUUUUUCGGGGCUGAUUUUUCUGGUGAAGUUGACUUCAGAGACAUUGACAUAACAGAUGAAAUCCUGACUUAUGUCCAGGAUUCUUUAAACAAGUCCCCCUUCGGGAGUCCCAGUUACCAGCCUCAGCCAGCCACAGCACUGAACUCCAGCUGUAUGGUGCAGGAACGCCUGCAGCUCGGACCGCCGCAGCAGCCCCCGUGCCACGCGGAGCAAGCGACAGUGGAGCCACAGCAACAGCUGUGUCAGAAGAUGGAGCACAUGCAAGUUAACAGCAUGUUUGCCAACUGGAGCGCUAACCAGCCCGUGCCUUUCAGUGAGGCUCAGCAAGGCCUCCAGCCGUACAGCGUCUUCACGGACUUCCACACGGCUGGUCAAGUGUUUCCCUACACGGCGGCGAUGCAUACGAUGCCUUAUACACAGAACUUUACCCCUUGUAAUCAGACUGUAGCACCACAGCAUUCCAGGUGUACACAGCUGGGGGAUUUUGACUCAUCUCCAUACCCUAGUACCUCUAAUCUAGAAGAUUUUGUCCCUUGUUUACAAGUUCCUGACAGUCAGACACAUGGAGGAAACCCACAGUCAGCCAUGGUGGCUCCUCAGACGUGUUAUGCUGGGGCCGUGUCGAUGUAUCAGUGCCAGCCGGGACCUGCACACACCCUCAUGGGUCAGAUGCAGUACGAGCCACCAGUGCCAGGCUCAGAGGCAUUUUUAAACAAGUUUCAGAACGGGGGCGUGUUAAAUGAGACAUACCCAGCUGAACUGCAUAACAUAAAUAACACUGUGGCCAGCACACACCUCCCGCCGCUGCACCAGCCGUCCGAAGCCAGACCCUUCCCUGACCUGGCGUCCAGCCGACUGCUGUGAUUCCAAGCCCAGUGUUCACCUUGGUUUUCUGCACUGAAGUCAUUUGUGAAGGAUUACAGAGUAUUAAACCAUCAGUGCUGGACAGCAGGUUCACCUGGAGGCUUCGGCACAUGCACCGUUAUUCUAAGCCGAGUUUUAAUUUCUGUUUUCAGAAAAGGAAUCUUAGAAAUAAUGCUGACAUUUCGUACGCUGUAGUCAUUCAGAUGGAAUGUGUGCAACCAUGGAAUGGUGAGAUACCAUCUAUAUGUUACAUGGCUCUGAGCACCACAAGCAUGCAGACUUGUUCAGGGGAUUUAAAGACUUAAAUUUGAAAACUUUCUUUGAAUUAUCCUGUCAAGAUAAAAAUGAAAAACUUUGACGUUUCAAUCUUGUUUAUUGUUAGUACACCAAAUACAAAGUUACAAAAUAAACCCAUUUCUCUAUCAUUUUACCCUCUGCUUUUGUGUCAGAUGUUAAAAUAAGUGGUUUGGUGCUUUUAUAACAAGAAAAUAAUCUCAGUGCUCUCCUCUUUCACGUUAAUCUAAGUGCCUCACAUUUCUUUCUACCUGUAACACUGUAGGAUGUAUAUUUUAUAUAAAAUAGUCUUUUUCUUGUUUAACUUACUAGCAUUCUCUCUGCACUCAGAUAUAUUUGUAUUUCCUAAAUCCAAUUGUUUUUAUUAAUUCAAACCUAUUUUAACUGCACUACUCACCCACUUUUUUCAGGUAAAGGACAAAUAAUGAUUGAAAAGAUAAUUAUUUAUUAUAUAACCUAGUUGUUUCUAGACUGUAACUGUUGCUAUGUGCCUUAUGUUGGAAACAUUUGAAAGUAAAACAUCUUUCCAAGUUAUUUCUUAUCUAUAUAAAGUUUAAAGCUGUAGCACUUAAUGUCAAGGAUGAUUUCAGAAAAAGAGAUACACACUCCGCUGUAUGCCUUUCUGGAAAUCUCCAUGAUGGUGGUUGUAUGUUGCAGUGUAAAAAGUCUGCUGUUAAAUGCAACCAUGUGUAUUAUAAAAUUACAUUGAAAAAAAGCAGCACAUGUUAGUUUGUAAUUAAAUUAAGCAAAGCACUCAUUUCAAUGUUUUUAAAUUAUCUUUGAAAACUGUUUUAGAUCUAUAGUCAUUAAAUGUUAUGUUGACUUUAUAAAUUUCACUUCUUAGAACAGUGGAAACUUUGUUUUUCCUCAUAUUUGAGGAAUGCUAAGAUUAAAGAUAGCAAUGUUUGGUGCAAAGUAUUGUAAUGAGUGAAAUGGAUGGUGCAUUGUACAGAUAAAAUGAACAAAAUUAGUUGUAAAAUAUUUCCAAUCGUUCAUUUAAAAAUAGGGCCAAACCUUAUAUAGGCACAUAAAUAAUUUGUUUUAGUUUUACACAUUUUAUCAGUGUCUUUUUUAAGAAAUCAUAUAAUGAACUAAACUGCUUUUAAGUUACUAUUAAGAAAAAGACAGUCACAUAAUUUUUUACCUUCAAACCUUAUGUCUUUAUGAUAUAAAGACCUUUAUUACAAAUAGAUUCCUCACUCUAGCAACUUUUCUGAUCUCAAAUUAUUAAAAAGAAAAUAUGUCACCAUCUAUCAUUUUUUAUUUAAAUAAGGCAUCCAAAGGUCUUAGAUACACAUUACUACACAUUACAUAUAUUACUUAAAAACUGAUGGAAUCCCAAAUUGAGAUGCAGUGUUCAACUAUAACAUUUUUCAUUUAUAAGUAAAUUUAAUGUACAUUAAAGUGGCUUCAGAGAAAAAUCUCAGUUUCAUGCAAUUUUAGUCAAAAUUCUGAAUCUGUAGACUCAGUGUAAGUGUUGAAAAGAAAUCUGCCUAAAGCAUUUCCUAAUUUGUUUCUAGCUUGAGGUGUUGCUAGGGAUUUCGACCUGUGGUUGAGAUUACUAUUCUCUUUCUGCAUUUAAACCUUGCAUUAAAAGCCUUUGCAUAGCCAUUUGUGUUGGUCUUUCCACGUGGUAGUAGAUGCAUUGUGCAGUGGAAAACAUAAGGCUUUUAAAAUUGUGACUCUGAUGACCAUUAUACACUUCUAAAACUAAAAGUUUUUAAAGCAAUAUUGUAUAUUUUUAUCUACGUAAGUAAAAUUUAUCUCAGAAUAAUAAAAUCAUGUUAAACCAAAUAUACCUUUGUCUGUAUUGCUAAGUGCCAAACCAAGAAGGCUUUGUGGCCCACUGUGCGGAGGGCUUUGCUUGCAGGUGACAUGCAUGUCUAAGGGUGUGUGUGAUGUGUCUAGUGUGGACUCUUCCUCAACCUGAGAGAUCCGCCAGCUUUCCAGUGUGUUACAAAGCCGGCCCUCAGAACUAUGCAUAGACUCGUGUGUUCAGUAUUACUAAACUGUAGGUAAAUGUUUUCAUGGCUUUGCUCUUUCCUUCAGAAAUGUUACUGCUUACAUAUGCCAUGCAUAGAUUGUUUCUUUAUUAUCAACAUUGUAUAUAACAGUAUAUAUGGUAAUAAAGUAAUCACCAAGUAAGAAUA